UUUCCUUGCACGUAUUUUUUGAAUUCAGAAUUUUCGUCAUUCCGUUUCAAGUGGAAAAAAAUUUUCGAAGAUUGUGAAUAAUACGAAACUACUAGGAAGACUUCCUAAAAAUUCCCAAGUGUAGAAAAUUAUAGAAGAAGAAAAAAAGGGGAGAGUGCGAAUAUAAAACAAUUUAUAAUCUUGAUAUAAAAACGGACUUGAAAUAUUUUGUUUGUUGUUGAUAUUACAUGCAAAACAUGGUGUACUUGCACUUUCCGUCAAGUUUAACGGAAGAAGAGCUGAUGUUACAGGCCAAAUAUAACAAACUCAAGAGAAAGAAAAAGGCUUUGCAAGAUUUAAAGGCCCCUAAACAGGAAGUAGAACGUAUUCCUCAAGCUCCAAAACGACCUACAGAAGCAAGAGAUGCCCGCGAAGUAGCUAAAAAAUUAAUAAAAUCUGGUGUAAUCACAGCUCCAAAAACUCCUAAACGCCCGGAGCAAACUUUCAAGAGAUCUCGUGGACUAGAAAGAAAAUUAAAUAGUACAGAAAAAACAGUUAGUUCUUACCAGCCAUUUUCGGCGACACAAGAAGAAGAAGAAACAGAGGCAGUAAGACCAAGAGUGAAAGAUUUGUAUAAUAGUUUUGUUGGUGCUCAGGAUACUGGAGAUAGGAAUGCCAAUGAUACGCAGACUCCAUCUAAACAAGAGAUUAAGCCACGUGCAGGAAAUACAAUAUUUGUAUGUGGAUACAAGAUAACAGAAGAUUAUCUUAAGAAACAUUUCCAAAGUUUUGGAAAUAUUGUUAAUAUUUCAAUGGAAGUAGAAAAAAAUCGUGGCUUUAUAACUUUUGAAAAAGCUGAAGCAGCUGAAAGAGCAAUAAGUGAAAUGGAUGGUAGUAUGGUCUCUUCGAUUCAAUUGAAAGUUUCGUUAGCAAGAAGACAACCUAUAAUAGAGCCUGUGAGUGAUACUAUGUCUAGUUCUAUGUGGUCACCAAUUGCAGCUAACUAUUCACAAAAAAGCGCACAUAAAGACAGACGUGAUCUUAAAGUAUAUGAAGAGGAUCUUUUCCAGUAAAUAACACGGUGGAGACAUUACCUGGCUGGUAUUGACCUCGCCGUCGGUCCUGGACUCGGUAUAAGGAGUAGGCGCGUCGAGGAACCGCUCUUCGAGUCUGUCCUGAAAUUGCUGUGCCGUGGGCUCCUGCUCCUCGGAAGUAUCGCCGGUCCCGCCGAGCUCGCGACCCUCCAUCGCGC